UCCGCAAUGAAACAUACUGUAUGUAUACUCGCUGGUGGAACAGGUAGGAACUGUAUGUGUCAAGUAUUUAUUUAGAAAUACGUGGGUAGCAUAAAUUCUUUGGAACGAGACAUGUCUUCUUCCUCCUAAGGAAAACACAAUUUGUGUAACUUUUUCUUUCAGCAUAAAUCAUGUGCUCUGAGUUGAAAAACUGCUAAUUGGAUGAAAUGUCCGGGUGCUUUUUCAGGGAUUACCUCCAUGCUGCAGCUGAUUCACAGUAUUACAGCAGACCCUGCAGAUGACACCAAGUGCUCCCUCAUAUUUGCUAACCAGGUCAGUCUCACCGGCGUACAGGGAAGAGUCACAUCCCACACAGUAUUAAACCGUCACCGUGGAUUAUCAAUGAAGUGGACACAGAGCUUGUUAUGAAUACAACUUCAAUGACAAUCAUCAAAUCAAAGACCCCUUAUUCUGGGGUCUCUUGCCCCCAGACUAAGCAUAUUCUACUACAGGAGGAACUAGAGAAGGUGCUGAAGAGUCACUCUGAACAACUCAAUUUGUGGUUCACUCUAGACAAGCCUCCACAAGACCGGAAGUACAGCUCAGGGUUUGUGAACGCUGAUAUGAUGAAAGAGCACCUUCCCCUUGUGUCCAACGAUGUGCUCAUUGUCAUGUGUGGCCCACCCCCCAUGACCCAGCAUCCAUGGCGCCCCAACCUCUCCACUCUGGGCUACAAGACAGAGAACACAUUCACAUACUGGUAACUCCCAGGCCUCCAACUAGGCAUAGAUACAUUAAAACGACACCAGGACAUUUAAGACAAUAUGUUCUAUUGAAUUCUGUGUGUAGAACACAAUGUAACACCCUACAUUUCAAGACCAACAGGAUAUUCUCUAGCGUUUUGAAUAACAAAUGUCAUAUUUGCAUGUUGAACAUUCAAAUAACUUUUUUGUGUGAGAUACUGUGAAUGGUUAGUUUAGUUUUAGUAUGUUUGAACUGUUUUAGUAAUAAUUGUUCUAAUCAUGUACUGUAUCUAAAGCAUUUGGAUGUUUUGUUGAAUCUCAUUACUCAUUAAAUCCAUCUCUAAACAUAA